AUGAGUCCAUUUCCAUUAUUACUCCUAUUUGGUAGAAACAGACUAAACACAUUUCAUCUCUGUCACAGUUUAUCCACCACUGCUACUACUACUACUGCCAAUAUUCUCGACAUCAAUGACAAGAUAAUAGCAACCCAAAUAUCAAACUGCAACAAUGUACAUCACCUCAACCAAAUUUACGCCCAAAUAAUCCGAACUCACUUCUUGGUAUUUUAUCCCGCGCAAUUUCACUGGAACAACAUUAUUAGAUCAUAUACUAGGCUUAAUUCCCCUAGUAACGCUCUACAUGUGUACGUCAAUAUGUCGAGAAAUGGUGUUCGUCCAGAUACUUUUACAUUGCCCAUUGUUUUAAAGGCGAUGUGUUCGGUUUUGAGUUAUGUUUUGGUAAAACAGCUUCAUGGGGUUGCAGUAAAGCUUUGUUUGGAUAGUAAUAUGUAUUCUGAAAGUGGGUUUAUUAGUUUGUAUGGGAAAGCGGGUGAAUAUGAGAAUGCACGUAAGGUGUUUGAGCAAAAUCGUGAGAGAAAGUUGGGGUCUUGGAAUGCGAUUAUAGCGGGGUUAUCGCAAGGUGGGCGUGCUAAAGAAGCGAUAGAGAUGUUUUUGGAGUUGAGAGGGAGUGGGUUAAUGCCGGAUGAUGUGACUAUGGUUAGCGUGACGUCGGCUUGUGGUAGUCUUGGAGACUUGGAGUUGGGUUCUCAAUUGCAUAAAUGUGUAUUGCAAGCGAAAGAAAUGGGGAAGUCUGAUCUUUUGAUGAUGAAUUCGCUUAUUGAUAUGUAUGGUAAAUGUGGAAAGAUGGAUCUUGCUUAUAGGGUGUUUUCGAGGAUGAAGGAAAGAAAUGUAUCCUCGUGGACUUCUAUGAUUGUUGGGUAUGCGAUGCACGGGUAUGUUGGAGAUGCGCUUGAGUGCUUUCGUUGCAUGAGAGAGGCAGGUGUUAGGCCUAACCAUGUGACGUUUAUCGGGGUGUUGAGCGCUUGUGUACAUGGGGGGAUGGUGCAAGAAGGAAAGUAUUAUUUCAACAUGAUGAAGAAUGAAUAUGGUAUUGCACCCAUGUUGCAGCAUUAUGGGUGCAUGGUGGAUUUGCUUGGCAGGGUUGGGUUGCUCGAGGAGGCAAGGGGGAUGAUUGAAGGGAUGUCAAUGAAAACAAAUGUCGUGAUUUGGGGAUGCCUAAUGGGGGCUUGUGAGAAGCAUGGGCAUGUGAAAAUGGGAGAGUGGGUGGCUAAGCACUUGCAACAGUUGGAACCGUGGAACGAUGGAGUGUAUGUGGUAUUGUCCAACAUUUAUGCCAGUAAUGGCAUGUGGGAAGAGGUAAGGAGGAUGAGAGCAAUUAUGAAGGAGAGAAAACUUGCCAAGAUUCCAGCUUAUAGUUUGUCAGCAAGUUCAUAUUGAGAGCUGAAGGUGGACCUGCCAAAGAUGAAGGGAUCAGAAAUGUUGCUCUCUUAUAGAUGUGAGUGCAUAAGAUGGUUGCCAUAUGCUGCACCUCACAAAAGUGUUUAUAUAGGAGCAAUAUAUCACAUAAUCUAACGUAGUCGUUGACCCUUAACUUUGAUCCACUUAAUUCCUCUGUAGUAAAAAAUAUAUACAUUUAUUUUUAGGUGAGAUGUUG